AUGUCUUACAAACUGCUCAUCCUUCUACUCGUGCUACAAAUCUGCAUUGUGGACGGAGUCUACAUCUUCGCAAGUAAGAUUAAAAGCGAACGUGAUUUUAAGAAUAGGGAUCCAAGCCCUUUCUAUAAGUGCGUCGAAACAUACUGUGGACGUUUCAUUAAUGAGAAAGACGAAGAGUGGGGUCCAUGCAUGGAUGAAUGCAUGACGAAGAUCGAAAGUCGUUAUGUUGCCGAAUUUAAACCGGCACCUUUUUUGGUUUAA